AUGCACACAACAAAUACAAUAUGUUCCAUGAUUUUCUUUCCAAAGUGAAGACAACCUUAAAGUUCGUUGCAUCCAUACUUAUGUAUGUAUGUAUGCCGAAUGAGCUCACUGGUUUAAAUACCUUGUGGCUGACUUGAAGAAUCAGUGUUCGAGAGGAUGUCGAACGAAGUGCAUUGAAAUUGCGUAAGAGUGAAUAUUAGCAUUGAUAAAAGUGUUUGUGUUUUUAAAAAUAGAUAUUAAAAGAAGACAAAUAUUAUAUGUAAAAUCAGUGCACUGAGCGCAAUUGUCAAAGCGGGAAUGCUUUCCUUCGCAGUUAAAAAAUAACUCGGUCAGUCGAUUUUUCGAGAAGAAAUUAUAUUUCAAAUUAUAAAUAUACUGUUUUAUAAAAAUUGCAUAUAAAAAAAAGCCAGUUAGAAGCUGAAAUUAUCGGGAACAAAAUGACCCGAGUACAUUAUUACAAAAUUACUUGCUGUUUUAAAUAAAAACAAAGAAAAUGGAAAGUAUUGACAACAUUCUAGUAAUAAAUCAAGAAUUUUUCGCCGACUCACCUGAUUCAAUAUCCUUAUCUAGAGGGGAUCUAGUGGAAAUUUUAAAAACAACUGAGGGCGAUACGUUUUCGAGAGACAAAUUACGUGACUUUAAACCAGAGCUUAACUCAAGGUGGUAUGUGAGAUUAUUUGGUUCAACGGAAAAUUGCAAAGAAGGAUGGAUUCCAACCAAUAUAUUGGAUUUUUCAAAUGAUUCCGUAUCUGCCUUCGGUAAUAAAGGAGACGACGCAAAUUUUCGAAGAUUAGCAACUGUAAGAGAACUAAUUGAAACGGAAGAAGAAUUUUCUAGAGACCUACAAAAUAUUGUUGAUCGUUAUAUCAGAGCCGUUGACAAAAUUGCUGCUCCACGAAUUGUUCGCGAUAGCAAAGAUAUUAUUUUUUCAAAUUUUGAACAAAUUGCAGAAUUUCAUAAUAUGGUUUUGAUUGAAGGACUUAAAUAUUACUCAGAGCAACCUAAUAUGACAGCUAAAACAUUUCUUAGACUUGAAAGAGAUUUCGACAAACACGUCAAAUAUUGUGCAGCCGAGCCCUUAGCACAGACUUUUCUAAAGGAGAACAAAGAAGCCAACGAAUAUUUUCAGCAAAUAUCCAAGGCGAUUGGAGACGACAAAAAUCUUUGCGAACAUUUAAAGUUACCAAUUCAGAGAAUAAAUGACUACCAGUUUUUAUUAAAGCGCUGUAAUUAAAUCAACUGAUUCUACUAAAUACGCUGAAGAUACAGUUAAAAAAGCUAAAGCUCGUGAUUUUCUACACAUAUUUACUCCUCCAUUGAAAACUAAAAGACCCAUCUACGAGAUUGUGGAAGUUCCAUAUACUAACGACCAAUCCCAAGAACACAUUGAAAAUAUUCAUGAGGAACACAAGGAAGUAGACACAGAAAUUGAAGUAACAGACCCAAACAUUGCCAAAAUGGAUGACUUUACAUCUGGAUAUUCUGCUAAAUAUUCGCGGAGGCGCGGUGAAUUGAGUUCGACUACUCGAGAGUAUGACAGAGGUUCUUCAUAUGACAAUUACGGAGAUAGUUUGAGAAGUACAGCAAGCUCAAGGUUAGAAAGGAGGAAACACGACGAUCAUAGAUCUAUAUUUUCCUCAAGCCGAGCUGAGAGCAGAAAUGAAGAGUACUAUGGGUCGAGGAUCGCAACGCGAUCAUCCUCGCGCAUGAUGGAAGAAAACAAUUUUAAAUCGUUAGAAAAACCCGAAAUUCUUCGACCAACAAAAAGCGCUCAGGUUAAAC